CUAGUAGGUAUGUUCCUGGUUCAGUGUAUGUGUUGAAAAGGUCUGGCAUUGUACUCCGGCCCUUGCGGUGCACAUGUGGAACGCACCGCGACAGAGAGCAGGAGGGGGUCAUUUUGAGGGGCAGCAUAUGGUGUCAGCUUGGGCAAUCUUGGGGCUUAUUCUUCUGCCAUCGUCGCUGUGCUACCCUUCUGGCAAGCAGGGCCAUGCUGGCCGGCGGACGUCAGUGGAGACAGCAAAACUCUCAUUUCCACUGGAGGUGUCCAGCCACCUAUCAUGGGAUGCAGACCAGACCUCCACAUUGUCCAAGAAGGGGCAUGUGGCCCGCCGGCAGUCAUUGGAGACAGUGAAGCUCUCGUUCCCACUGGAGGUUUCAAAUGAUCUCUCCUGGGAUGCAUCAUGGUCCUCCACGCUCUCGACAGACCCUUCCUUUGACAAGAUCCAGCCUUCUAUCCCUGAAGUUCCCAAGCUGUUUGGAUCUGCCCUGAGCAAGCGCAGACCUCUGAAGGAGCCCAGCACGAUGCAAGAGGGAAAGCAAACAAGGCGGCAACUUUCAGACACGACCACAACAAAGCUGAGCUUUCCUGUCGAGCUCUCAAACACCCUCUCCUGGGAUGCCACUCUUACAUCCACCCUGGACUUCAACCCCACUGGGAGUGUGGAGAAGGAAGUUGUAGCGGGUUCCGUGCAUGCCAGCCAUGAUCCGUUCCCUUUGAAGUGGGGCUUCAAAGUGGGCAAGGGCAGAAAGCUGAAGGAACAUGCAGAUGACACACAGGAUGAGAUUGACAACAAUGCCUCAAGAGAAUUGCUGGAGACCCCAGAGAUAAAGCUGCCAGAAGAGGGUUCAGGAUCCAUACCCGAUGUGACAAAGAGUACCAUAUUUGAGGCGAAGAAACCCAACUUCUCUUUCCAUGACCGGGGCAGCCGCGCAUCCCAGACACUCCAGAACUGA